CUUAGUGGCCAAUGCUGCGUCCGUGCCACUCGGAAGCCCAGAGCUUGGGCAGGGCGGAGCAGGUGUCAAGGAGGCAAAAGCCGGAGAGGACUGCGUUGGAGGACCGCAGGGCAGUGCUGGGCCAGGCGCAGGUGCGGGCGGUGCACGCCAAGAGCAGGGUGCGAGUUCUCUCAGGGCUGUGCAGAGCUCCGGCAGGUGCAAGGCUCGAGGAGAUACCUCCUGGUCACUAGCUGGAGCUCUCAAGAAACAUGCCGGAACAGAGCAACGACUACCGGGUGGCUGUGUUUGGGGCAGGUGGUGUGGGCAAGAGCUCGCUGGUCCUGAGGUUUGUGAAAGGCACCUUCCGGGAGAGCUACAUCCCAACUGUGGAAGACACCUACCGGCAGGUGAUCAGCUGUGACAAGAGCAUUUGCACGCUGCAGAUCACCGACACGACCGGGAGCCAUCAGUUCCCUGCCAUGCAACGGCUGUCCAUCUCCAAAGGCCACGCCUUCAUUCUGGUCUACUCCAUCACCAGCCGGCAGUCCCUGGAGGAACUCAAGCCCAUCUACGAGCAGAUCUGCGAGAUCAAGGGGGACGUGGAGAGCAUUCCCAUCAUGCUUGUGGGGAACAAGUGCGACGAGAGCCCCAGCCGCGAGGUGCAGAGCAGUGAGGCAGAGGCCCUGGCUCGCACAUGGAAGUGCGCCUUCAUGGAGACAUCCGCCAAGCUCAACCACAACGUCAAGGAGCUUUUCCAGGAGCUGCUCAACCUGGAGAAGCGCAGGACCGUGAGCCUCCAGAUCGAUGGCAAAAAGAGCAAGCAGCAGAAACGGAAAGAGAAGCUCAAGGGCAAGUGCGUGCUCAUGUGAGAGGCUUCUCUGCCGCAGGAGCAGCUGCCCCUAGGCCUCUCUCCUCCUCCCCAUGUGAACCCCACCGUCGUCAGGGCAGCAUGUCUGAUGCCCACGUGUUAAACAUUGCAUUUGGCUGCGACACACCCUGCAAUGUCCUCAAAAGGCAUUCCACACUACCACCAAUUGGCCAUCCCCACUGGAGUCUCAGAAUCUGCGGUGUCCUCAGCAUCUCGGAUUGCUGUGGCUGGUUCCCCCGUGAGCUUUAGCCAUUCCCCAGCUAGGGGACUCAGAGCUGUGGACACAGGACAAGCUGAGAGUACCGUGUCAUGCAUGUGUGCGUGUGAGGCAGUGGGUUAGCCCAUAGCCACUGGCGCGGACCCGCACAGGGCGUCUCUGCUAAGCUACUAACAUCUUUGGGGGGAGGGGCAGACAAAGGAGGCGAGGCCAGGUGGUUCAUUAUGGACAAGGUGGACCACAGUGGCUCCUGUUCAUACAUUUUUAGCGGGAUUAAAGAUAAAAUACCACAGCUCCCUUCAAGUGAUGCCCAGCCAUUCCUCCUGCCAUACUCGGAGGGCUGCCCUUACUUCCUCUAGGUCUUCUUAGCAAGUACUGGGUCAGCCUGUUAGGGUUUAUUUCACAUGCAACGUCAGAGUCAUCCAUGGUGAUGCCUUGUCAGAAGUUCUUUGACUUUUAAGUCAGAACAUUGUGACGCCAUGCAUACAUUGCAAUAACUUUUAUUGUGUGUUACUUUGAGGGUUUUAGAAAUAUGAACUUUCUUGUGACCUGUGAGGGUUGUCACUUCUCCCAGUCCUCAGAUUUUUUUAAACAAAAGCAAAUAAAGUAGGUAUUUUUUAGACUUUCCCUGCCCCCAAGAUGGGUUUUGUGUCUUAAAUUAACUCCAUGUGUACCCAGCUGGGAAACAGCCAACCAAGAGCACCCGAGGUCUAGAAGCACAUCCAUUUUUCUAAAUGACACAAGCAUGUAUAUGCCAUAUGUUACACCUUAAUGAAAUACCUUGAAACAGACACUGUUCACUGUGUUUUCAAUAAUUUAUCUAUAUUGGAAGUAUAGUCUUAGAAAAUGCAUCUAAUUUACCGUAAUUUUUUCCCAUGUUCCACAAUAACAUGCCCCUUAAGAGCCACUUAGUGCAGUGUGCACCCUCAAAGCACUUAUCUCCUAAUGAUCAUGUCCUCAGUUACUCAGACCAGAUUCUAGCCCCUAUUCCUCUGUGGCAUGGGAGACCGCAGUGGCUGUGGAUGGCUGGUUGUUCUGUCCUGGGCAGGAUGCCCUCAGCUUAGCCCACUUUGCCAUCCUGAAGUCUGGCAGGAGUCUUGGAAAUUCCCCAUCAUAGAGCCUGAGAGAACAUUCCUGCCUGACUUGGUAGAACAAAGCUAUGCUGGCCCCGAAUGCUGGCUUGACCUUUGCUUAGCCGUUUUACUGUUGUCCAGGCAGCAAGUAGAAGCUACAGUGGCAGGUGAGCCCACAGAGGGGCCUUGGCUGCUUAGCAGCUCUCCCAAAGCAGGCCUAUAGUUUUAGGCCUCUUGCUCUACUUUCCUCCCUGGCAGGGCCAGACUUCCUGACUCAGCCUUGUGGACACUUCUGCCUCCAAAAUACACUGUGUUCCAACACAUUCCCUUUCCCCAGACAUCUCUAAUGGUAUUCCUGUCUAGUCUGGCCCUCUCUACUCUGUCAAUCAUAACACCUUGGUGACAUGUUUAGUAUGGGGGAGGUACCUCAGAAAACCAUUUGGAUCUGUAGUAUUAUCAUCUCCGUGGACUUCUAGAACAAAAUCCUUGUGCUUACCCGUGGGGAGCAGCCACACUGAGAAAUGAGGGAGGAGGCCCGGCAGCCAACCAAGAGCUCAGAGCAUGUGUGCCCGUUCCAGCCCCCCUUUGACCCCCUUAAUACCAUCUCCUUUUUCCAAAGACCGUUCCAUAUCACAGUAAGAAAAUUAGUUGUGGAGUUUUCUGCAACAGCUUUAACUUAUCUCUCAAUUUUUUUCUAUUUCUAUUCUCAGAACAUAUCAACUUGUCAUUUGGGUGUGGGAGAAGUGGAGGUAGGAACAGAACUCUAUGGCUGACACAACAUGCAGCUUGGGGUGAUAAUUUCACUGAUGAUAAAAUACUGUCUCUCCCACUGAUUGUAUGGAGGCUUUAGUCGUGAGCACUUCUGCAAGCCAUCCUUCCUAGUGACUGUGAGUCAGGUCUUCUUUCAGCCUUCAAGUCAGCCUCAAUAUUUUUAAGUGUUUCAGUCUUCAUUCACAGGAAUCUUGUAGUUACUGAAGGAUCUGUGCUCACUUAAACAUUUGUGUCCCUUUCGGUUCUGCCUGUGAGUUUAGAGGGUGGGAAGGCAGGUGGAGCCUCCCUCCUCAGGCAUCAUCCUGACAUCACUUUCUACAAACUGAGCUGAGGGUUGUGAUGAGUAGUUCAACAUCUCCUUUUGUAAGUUCCUCGCUGACUCAGGGCCCGAGGAUGCAGUACCACUGGGUCAGUCGCUUUCAGCCGUCCUUUGGUCCCAGUCGUGGAGCUGGGCCUGGAAGUUUCCGACCCAGUCAUAGCACGUGGGCCUGGAAGUUUCCGACCCAGUCCCAGUUCAUCAUAAAACUUGAAAUAUUGCUUGAAGAUGGCACUCUGGGGUUAAGCAUGGGGCUCCAUGAGUUCCCUAGUCCCCACUGGUCCCCUCUCCAUCCAGUGACAAGCCAUGGGCAUGCAUCCAAUGCAGCAAGUCCAACUCAAGAGCAAUAUCCAAUUGUCCAUUAGAUCUAAAAUUAUAUAAAUAUAUAAAAUGUGAUUUAUCUUCUUGCAUUUUUGAAGUAUAAAGUAGUAAACUGUGUGUGUAUAUAUAUAUAUAUCCAUAAGCUAGUAUAUUUGUUUCACUGUUUAUAUAAUAUUUAAGAACUGAUCAUUCUUUGUAGAACAAAAAAUAUAUUAAAUAUUUUAAAAAUUGCUCUGUGAUAUCCCCUCUUCCCAAGUUGUAAUAUGUUGCUCCUGUACAAGCUGUCUGGAAACACCCAUAACCUAUGGGGCAUGUGGAAAUCCUACAAGCCACAUCAUGGAAUUCAGUAGCCCACAAAGACUGUGUGCAGACCACAUACCUGCAGAGCGUGAUUUUCUACAUGUGAUAUAUCAAUGUGUGUGUUUCUAUUGAAGGUAUAUUAUGUUACAUUUCCAUUUGAUGUUUUAUUAACUCUACAGUUAUAAAAUUCACCCUGCAUACAAGUUUCUAGCUGCAGUGAAGUCUGGAAACCUUGGAACCACUUAUAAUAAAGCUCAUUUAUGACAUC